AUGAAAAUACGAGAACCAGUGGAGGAGCCAGAAAGAGUUGAAGAGAAUCAAUCGAAUAUUUUAAGCAUCGAAGGAAUACUGAUGUACCGGUCAUUUGAUGAACUUGAGAAGGAGCUUACUUUUGAUGUCUACGAUGGAGCAGAGAUUGAAGGGAAAAUAAUUUACGACGAGGCUGGUAACAAAGUGACAGAAGAAAAAAAAAAUACUUUGAUGGACUUAGCGCUACAGCCACCCUCUAUCAGCCAUGCCUGGGGGUCGAUGCGCCUCAGUACUUGCAAUAUCCUAGGCUCUUAUUGGGUUUCGGUGGAAAAAAAAAUACUGGUAUUAUGUUAGCACGAAAUUAUGGUAAUUUCACUGAGGGGUCGCCCUGCGGAAAAAAUGAGAAUAAAAAAAAUCUUGCAAAUAAGCACAGGGUCGUGUGUCUAAUGGAGCACGUGGCGAAUAUGAGGACCCAAGAAAAACGACACCCAAGUACACAUUUGUGAAAUUUGAUGGUAGUUUCUGAAAUAACAAAAAAGGGAAAAUCAAGUUGAGUCACACCAAUUCGAUUGACUAUUUCAGUUGAAAAUUGAAAUUACGGGGCGAAAGUUGAGGGGAACAGUUGGAAAUUUGAAAUAUAAUUGUGAAGAGGAACUGAAAGUCACGAGGAGUCUCUCAGAGAGUGCUGACAUUAAAAAUCGAUAUCAACGAUGAAAUUGUUGGUGGGUGAUGAUUGUCAGUUGCAUAAUAUCCCUUCGGAUAUCCCAAACACCUACACUCUUGAGUCAUCACGAGGCUGUUGUCCCCCAAAGGAGUGAGAAUGCAAUUUCACAAAAUGUGACAAUGUGACUAGUGAUAUGUAUACGAGUGUCUCAACAAUUAGGUCCAUUUUACGACGAGAAGAGCAUCCAGUGGGAGAUAAUGUCUCACAUGCUGCGGUCCGGGCUUUUAGAUAUCAAGAAGAGAGGGAGUAAGAAAGGGAGAAAGGCCUGAUCACAUCGUAACUACAUUGCUCGCGUGGGAGUUUCGUGUACAAUCAUUAGGGAAAGAUGGUAUCGGUAUCCUGUAAGUCACCCAGUCACUGGCGCUCAAUCCUUUCUUCGAUUACUCCGGAGGGAACUAAACGAUCAAUUGAUCUGAUCGCACGAUGCAUCCCAGUCCUCCUGACUCACCGCUAUGCCCGUUAAAUUAUUUCAAAUGAAUUCUU